AUGCAAGAUGAAUAUCCACCAAUGACACCUCCUCUCUCCUCAUUUCUUUCCACUCACAAACGAACAAUGUUUGUCUCCUUUGGCGUUCUCGUAUACACCACACCCGAGAAUAAUGCAAUCUUGUUAAGCUCCUUCGUCGAAGCCAUUGAUCAAGGUAUCAUUGACGGUGUAAUAUGGUCGCUAGGUCAAACCUCCCACAGUGAUUUUCCAGGAAACAUCACCCUUUCCAACGGUACCAUCAUCGAGAGCUCGUAUAUUUUGCACAACAAACACCCUCACAUCUACAUCACGGAUUUCGCGCCACAAUUCGCGUUGUUGAACCAGACCAAUGUUAAAUUGUUCUUUUCGCAUGGCGGCACGGGCAGCACCCAUGAAUCCAUUUAUACCGCAAAGCCGAUGUUAUUGUUACCCAUUGCGUUUGACCAAAUGGGCAAUGCCGAGAAGUUGGAGAAUGCGGGCGUAGGGUUGACAGUUUCGAAAUUUAAUCUGAAUGUACAAGACAUUCACAACAAAAUUAAGAAACUACAAACCGACGAAAGUAUACAGGUGAAUGUUCGAAGGAUGCAAGUGUUGGCUAGAAUUAACAGUAAACGAAAGCAUCGAGCGGCAGAUCUCAUCGAGUUUUUGUUGUUGGCGUCGCAGUUGAACAAUGAAGAUGAGGAAUAUGACGAUGAAGAGGGUGUGACAAAUAAUGGCAACACUUUGGUGGUGGAAGAGGAUUCUAGGAAUGGAAAGUCAAUUAACGAUAGAAACAACAUUAAUGACGGAAAUGGUAAAAACAAUAAGAAAAAUAACAAUAAUAGUAAAAGUAAGAAUAAUCGUUAUAAUAAAAAACGCAGAAAUGGAAAUGGAAUCAACAGACAUUCGACCUUUACGAAUGCCUAUCUUCAAGAAUUGAUCACACCGGACACGCGAAUGGGAUUCAUAAAAGGAAAAUAUUUAGAUGUGUUUGGAGCAUUUGCUGUGGGGAUAAUAGUGGUUUUUUCCACUAUAAUGUGGUUGGUUUGGGCAAUUGCUAGCAUUUUUGUGAACGGUGUUCUUAAUGUGACGGAGAGUUUCGUCGGUGGGACCAAGGUUAAGGUGGAAUAA